UCAUUUCCACAACAAAAAUCGUAGCUCAAGCAGGAAUAUGGAAAGAAACGAGUUACCAAUUUCUUCCUCGAUCAAAUCAGUGCAAUUUCGUCAAAAGUUAACGCCUAAAAUGUGGAAGCGUGACGAGGUGCUGUUGUUGCUCGACAUCUACGAAGCUACAUUUCUUCAAUCAAAUAACGAAAGUGAUGACGAGCUGUGGAACACGGUUUCGCUAAAGCUGAGCGAAAUUGAAAUCCAUGCGUCUCCAGCUCACUGUAAAAGUAAAUGGAAUUUAUUGCACAAGGCGUAUCUUGCUAACCCUGACGGCCAAGGUACCUUCUUCAAGAAAGUGAAGCAAAUUAUAGAAGCUUUUGCUAAAAUAGAAGAAAUUGACGAAACAACAGGAAAAGAAGCGUUUAAGGAAGAAAGACUUGAAACUGUUAGCGAGGAAGAAGUCGAACCCACACAAAUAAAUUCCACGUCUAUUACAGUGGAAAGAGUCACAGAAUCGCCGAACAUAGCUGAACCAGACGGCAUCAACACAAUACUCGAAACAUUAUGUAGGAAGAUCGAUGUCCUUACUGAGGCACAGUACAGACAAGAAGCACGAUUAGAGGAGGUUUAUCAAAUGCAAAGAGCUAAUCAAGAUCAUUUAUUGGACAUAAAAAAACAUCUAAAGAUAAUUUAA